AUUUCUUCAAGCAUUCUUUACUUAAGAUAUCAAAUACACACUAAUGGAGAGGUUCCAUAGGUUUCCUCUCCUUGGUUUGGUUCUUUUCCUCGGCUUUAUUGGCUCACCGACCACGGCCAUUGUACAUGCUUGCUCCAGUACAGAACUAACCUUUAGUCGUGCCAACUUCCCUGAGGGUUUCAUUUUUGGUACCUCGACCGCAGCUUUUCAGGUUGAAGGAGCUGUACAUGAAGGAUGUAGAGGUCCAAGCAUGUGGGACACAUACACUAAGAAAUUCCCACAUAGAAAUAAUUAUCAUAAGGCCGACGUUGCCGUCGAUUUCUACCAUCGUUACAAGGAAGAUAUCAAGUUGAUGAAAGAUCUGAACACUGAUGGAUUUAGAUUUUCCAUUGCAUGGCCUAGAAUAUUCCCACAUGGUAGGAUGGAGAAAGGAGUAAGCAAAGCAGGUGUGCAGUUUUACCACGACCUAAUUGAUGAGCUCCUCAAAAAUGAAAUAACACCGUUAGUAACCGUUUUUCACUGGGACACUCCUCAAGACUUGGAAGAUGAAUACGGUGGCUUCUUAAGCGACCGUAUAAUAAAGGAUUAUACGGAGUACGCAAACUUCACAUUCCAAGAGUACGGACACAAAGUGAAGCAUUGGAUCACAUUUAACGAGCCAUGGGUGUUCAGUCGAGCUGGCUACGACAUUGGGAAAACAGCACCGGGACGUUGUUCAAAGUACAUCAAAGAGCACGGAGAGUUGUGUCACGAUGGACGAUCAGGACACGAGGCUUAUAUCGUUAGCCAUAACAUGCUCUUGGCACAUGCUGAUGCCGUAGAGGCCUUUAGAAAAUGCGACAAGUGUAAAGGUGGUAAAAUUGGGAUUGCUCAUACUCCCGCUUGGUUUGACCAGCGCGACCUCACGGAUGACCCGCACCAGCACUCGGAAGAAGAACACGAAACUCCUGCAACUAAUUUGAUUGACUUCGUCAUGGGAUGGCAUUUGAAUCCGACCACGUAUGGAGAUUAUCCACAAUCGAUGAAAGAUCAUGUCGGAGAUCGACUACCAGAAUUUACUGAAGCACAGAAGAACAAGUUGAAAAAUUCUGCUGAUUUUGUAGGAAUCAAUUACUAUAAUUCACUAUUUGCAUUGCACGGCGAAGAGCCAGAUCCUUCGAAACCUAGUUGGCAGAGUGAUUCUCUCAUUGACUAUGAACCUAGGUAUGUGGAUAAAUUCAAUGCAUUUACAAUCAAGCCUGAUGUUGCCAGAGUUGAAGUCUACGCAAAUGGUUUGAGAAGACUUCUGAACUACAUAAAGGAUAAAUACGGCAAUCCUGAAGUCAUUAUCACCGGGAAUGGAUACGGAGAAGAUCUAGGUGAGCAAGACAGAAGUCUUGUACUGGCGCUCUCAGAUGACCACAGAACAUACUACAUUCAGAAGCAUCUCUUGAGCUUGCACCAAGCAAUUUGCGAUGAUAAAGUAAACGUUACAGGGUAUUUUCUUUGGUCAUUGAUGGAUAAUUUUGAAUGGCAAGAGGGGUACAGCGCGAGAUUUGGACUAUACUACGUCGAUUACAAUAAUAAUUUGACACGCCAUGAAAAAUUAUCAGCCCAGUGGUACUCGAGUUUUCUCCAAGAUGGACUAAAAGAGUUCGAGUAUGAUCAGCACGAUGAGCAACACGAGCACGAUGAGUUGUAGUGCGAAUGCUCUACUACAGACUUUGAUAUUUUGAGUCAUAAACUACACUCAACUGAUGUAUUUAUUUUAACAUUUUAGACCAAAAAAAAAACCUAAUGUAUUUCCAUACUCCAGAAAAAUAAUCAGAUUUAUCGAUAUAAAAACAAA